UAUCAAUCCUGAGAUAUUGUCUUUUGUGUAUUAUUGCAUUGUCAUACAAUUAUACGUAAAAUUACUGUAUUGUUUCAAAUAUCAUAAAUACGACCAAUAUGGGCAUGCUUUGUAACCAGGAGAAAGGUCUUCGUUUUCUAUACUAUCAAACUCUUUUAAGGAUUAUAGAAAUUGGUAUUCUAUCUCUCUGACUAUCAUUCAAUGUUCUACAUGAGACCUGAAUUAUGGAACGUGUUAUAUCUUGUUAACCUUUUCUCCCUCUUAGAAAUAAUAGCUUCUGUGGAUAUUAUUUUUGUGAUACAAUGAGUAAAGGGAAUAGAUAGAUAUUUGGUGCAAGGAAAUUGUUGAAAAGGAUAGUCGUCAUAUUCUUGCUGAUCAUGGCAUCAGCACCUCGAUUCAGUUUUGGGGAUUUCACAGAGGAAGAACAUAAUUGUUAUUUAAUACAACCUGGAUGCGUGGAGUUUCCGAAUUCAUGCAAUUAUGUAACACCGGACAUAUUCGGAGUAUAUCAAAAUGGGGACAUAACGAGAGAUGUACCGUACGAUGCAUGCAACAAUAAAAUUGAUAUACUGAGAGAUGAAAAUCAGAACCAUAUGCCAAAUGAACAUAAAACAUCAUCAGACGUCAAUCAUUUAAGAAAAAAUGAUUUAACAAUGCAUCACAAUGAAGUUACAAUCAACGGCAAUGAUCAACAAACAGAACUUCAAGAUAAUAGUAGUUUUAAUAACUUGACAGAACAAAAUUCAGACGCUUUUUCUGAAAAUGCUCAAGUAGACUUGUCAAAUCAUCUUCCGAAUAAUAUAGAAUCUACUAACGGAAUUUGGAUAUAGAUAAUCUUAGUCACAACACAGAAUCAUUAAGUAUAAACGGUCAAGUUAAUUCUGCAAAAAUUUAAUCACGCAUGAGAACGAUGCAAAAGAAAUCGAACUUGACGAUACUAAUGCAAAUUCUUCAUCAGAAUCAAAUCAAAGCGCCGCUAGUCACUCUGAUAUUAAAGAUCAAAAACAAAAGCCUGCAACAUGGGCUGCAUUAUUUUCCGGGAGUAGUAGUGCAUCCACAAACAUAAAACCAGUCAAAACUGUAUCUUUCUCAUCCGGGGCUGUGGCGGGAAGUAAAUCGAAUCAUCACCCCUCACCCAAAGAAACAUCCCAGCAGAAAAAGAAAAACACUUCAGAACAAAAUGGUAUUUUAUCGAAACCAGAAAUUACGACGGAAGUUACGAGCGUCGAUAAAGAUCCAUUUUCAAAGCAGAUCGCAGAUCAAAUAUCAAGAAAUGAGAUUGUCUACAGAUCACCAGGUCUAAUGCCCAGAGGAUUUAUAAACUCAAGCAACUGGUGCUACAUUAAUGCUACUCUUCAAGCGCUUCUAACAUCAUCACCAUUCUGUCAUCUAAUGAGAUCAUUUCCAUCUCGACAACCAUCACCUGAUAAUAACAAUGUUAUAUAUAGUUCAACACCUAUUUUAGACAGCUUUGUAAGACUCGUUAAAGAGUUGAAACCACUGCCGAAAAAAAAUCCACCUCGUCCAUCAAAAGAGCAAUGGUAUGGACCAUCACACGAACCAGAAUAUAUUUAUAAAAUGUUGUCAACAAUCAAAUCUAAACUAUCAGAAAGGGGACGACAAGAAGAUGCGGAAGAAUUUUUAUCUUGUGUAUUGAAUGGACUUCAUGAAGAAAUGCUCAAAGUUACAGAAUUUUAUUUCGGAAAGAGCGUUCCAACAUUAAACCACACUGAUGAUACAAUUGCGAAAAAUUCUCAAGUUGAGCUAGGUUAUGAGGUGCCUCUUCAUGAAGAUCAACAAAAUGAUGAUUCAGAAGAAAGUGAGGAACAGUGGGAAGAAGUGACGGCAACAAGAAAAAAUAAAAGUUAUGUUAUGAGACGUGCAGAUAUAUCAAAAACACCAGUGUCUGAUGUGUUCCGAGGUGAAUUACGAUCAGACCUUUUCCAAGAAGGACAACGUGGCACAGCAACACUCGAGCCCUUUUUUACUUUACCAUUGGAUAUAAACGACCAGAAGACAUGGUCUGUCGGUGAAGCUCUAGAACAUUUCACAAGACUGGAACCAGUGCAGGAUUUUACAAAUACAAAAACCAAAGUGAAGGUAGAAGCAAAUAGAAAAGUGACAUUAGAAACACUUCCCCCAGUUCUCAUCUUACAUUUAAAAAGAUUUGUUUAUGACAAGGAAGGAGGAUCACUGAAAAUAGAUAAAGAAGUGCAAUACCACACCGAUCUCAUUAUAGGAAAAGAACUCCUUUCAAAAACGAGCAAGAAAAUAGCACUGGAAAAGCGAUCUUACAAAUUAUUCGCAGUUGUCUAUCACCAUGGCAAAAAAUCAUCAGGAGGACAUUAUUCAACUGAUGUUUAUCACGAUGGUUUAAAUUGUUGGUUAAGGAUUGAUGAUCAACAUAUUAAAACUACUAACGUACACGAGGUAGUAAAGCACACUCCUCAACGUACUGCAUAUCUUCUAUAUUACAAGCGAACUGACUUAAUGGUAGUAUAAAACCAACAAGCAAGUUAUACUAUGCACCAGACAUUCGCACAUGAGCAACACCUUAUUGUACUCUUAUAGAAUUGAUAUUUAUUGAGCAUGAUCCAGAGAUAAUAUUCACUUUGGCCAUAUUGGCACACUUUUUGUUACGGCCCACAGUUGGCCCACUGAUAAAUAAGUAUGUGUGUCUACUGAUUGCUUAUAUGAAUAUAUAUUGUUAGGUCAUGCUUAAACGAGCAUAAUAGUAUUGUGUUUCAUGUUUAACAAAUUUCUCGCAUGAUGUAACAAUAUUAAAUUUGUUUUUGGUUCAAGUCCAAAAUUAUUAUUUUACUUUUUAAGUAACCAACCUGAAUCAUAUCUUAUUUUUCAAGAUAAAUUGAAGUGAUACCCCAUUUUCUUGAUUUACCCAAAGUGGGUUUCAUUUUCUUCAUUUAAAAAAACAAAGUAGGGCCUAAUAAGAUUUCACUCGUCUCAUUGUUCAUAAUAUCUUUCACAUGUAUUUAUGCAAAAUUUUGCAUUAGCAAUACACAUUGUAUGUACAAUUUAAUAUUAGUCCAAUUCAAAGGAGUUAAUGCUUGUAUUUGCAUUAUCCAAUCUAAGUCAUUUAAUUAAUGCAAAUCUCACAAAUACAAAAGCCUAUGUUAAAAAUUCAUUUUAAAAAUUGUCCACACUGUUAUUUGGAGCAAAAAAAAUCUAUGAGACCGACUAUGAAUGUUUUCAGAUAUACAGCUCACAACCGGUUGCAAAUCAUCUUAGUAAAUAUUUAUAUAUUACCUCGAAACCGGCAAAACGGAAUAUUUCACUAUUUCGAAUACAUUCUGGAAAAAUAUUUUUAAAUACAAAAAUUUACUAUAUUGAAUAAUGAAUUUUGAAUGUAUUCGCUUCGUUUUGGACAUUCCUGUGUGUUUCAGUCCAUGAUUGUCGAAUUACCGGUAUUCGAUUCUUCUUAUUAAUCGUAACUUCAUAUACAUUUAUUUCAUCCAUUUAUAGGACAAUCAGUCAAGAUUUUUCUGAUUAAAAUUCACUCUCAGCAUUUGGCAUCUGAACUUACAACAGUGGUUUUAAAUUAUAGCAUGGUGGUAAAGAUAAAGGUCAUAAGAAAACUAGUAUUGUAUCAAAUCCUUUAUCAUAUUUUGUUCUUUGGCACAUAUUUCACCGAGCUUUUCUCACCGUUAUUAUCUUCAUUUACUGUUUCAUGGCUUAUAUUUUUCCUGAUGAAAUUUUUUAACCCAUAUGAUGAUUUUGAAACACUGAUAAUUAGAUUUGAACCAGGGAUGUCCAAAACGAAUCGAAUAUUCGAACACAUUUGAAAUCAUUAGAUCAUCUUACAAUAGACAAAAAAUGAAACAAUGUUUAUCUCAAUCAUUCUGCACAACCAAAUUUGAUUUCUUCGAAUUUACAAUUAUCUUGAAAAAUUUCUCUUGCAGAGCAUACCCGAUAUUUCAUAUUCGAAAAGAUUAUUUUAGAAUGAAUUUGGAAUACUUAACUAUUCAGUUUUGGCAAUCCUGAUUAGAACGUCAAUUAAUUUUCAAAUAUAGGCAAAAUAAAGAUAGGUCUGUAAAAUUAAUGAUUUAAUUAUAUUUAAUACAAUUGCUCUGAAGAUUCAGGUUUUCAAUUCAUAUUUUCAUGAAACUUCAUCACAGUUUCAUAUAAAUUGAAUAUCACACAGAGAAUGGAUAUAUGACAAAAUUGGAAAAUUUGAAAUAGUCGUAAUCAUCAAUGUGUCUCUAAAGAUACUGUAAUACUGACAAUGAUUAUCGAAAGUCACAUUAUUGGAUUAAUUAACAAAAUUGAAAUGAUGAGUAGAGUUAUGACAAAUAAUAUGUAAAAAUAAUUGAAUCCAGUAUUGGAAUUCUCAUCUGUAAAUAACUAAAAAUGUCUUCAUGUGAUUUCGCUAAAUUAAAAAAAAAUUUUGACUGUGUUUUCUCAUUUCCAUUUGAGUGUGUUAUUUUUUUUUUCACAUGUUGGAUAUGUGUCACAUGUCAACUCAUUAGGUCGUAUGUACAAGAAAUUUUUUUCAAAAUAUUUUCACCUACUCAAUUUAUAUCUUAUGCUGUAGAAAAUUUUCCGAUUGAAUUUUGAUGGAAGACAGCGAAGUUCAAUGUUAUGUUACCUACAUUUCUGAAUGGUAUUUGAAUUCACAAUACAUAUUGUGUUACUAUUCAAAAUGAAAAAAUAAAUAGAGAAAAAAGUUUGUACCACCUUUUCAUCUAUAACUUCAGCUCUAUAGAUUUCAAUAGAAAUAUCAUAUAAUAUUUAUCACAAGCUGUAUUAGUAUCACAAUUUUAGGAAUAUUCAAAAAAGUUUGUUGAAAGAAAUUCAGAUAUUGACUUCAAAGAAGUUUUGUUGUAAAAAUUGCUUUCUCCUUAGUUAAAUCAGAUAUUUUUGUUGCGAAUUUAGGUUUUGUGAAGUACAUUAUAAUUUUGCAACUUAAUGAAUAAUUUUAGAAUAGUUCAAAAUCUAAAUAUUAAUGAAUUGCAACAUAUAUUGAUGAGUGCUUCCAAGGCCAUAUGUUUCUACUUUUUCACACUUGCCGACAAAUUUCAGAAAACACCAUAAAGUUAGUAAUGUGGUCCUUCGCUUUUCCAUACUGAAUUAAAUCUUAGGUCUAAAAAUAAUGUAGGUAUUAGCAUGUUAUCCAUCCAACAAACUUUAUUUUGGUUCAAUAGUCUAAAAUUCAACCAAAUUAAAAAAAAAUGUCUUGCUGGGUAUACUUUUGUACUUCCACAGCCACCCAUCUACCCAGAGUUUGCUGUCCCAUGAAUAUAAUUAAUUUAAGUACUUACGAAAUAUUGUCAGCACUCAAUUACUUGAAAUGAGUGGAAGAUUUUCAUUUUUGAUCUGCCAUUUUUGCAGGUUGAGCUCAUUAAAAUUGUAAUACUAAUAAUAAUUGAUUUAGUUUUUUUUCUCUUUUUUUGUUUCCUAUUGAAUCUUAAUUUUUUGGACAAAAAUUAUUUUGGACUAUUUUUUGGUUGCAAAUAUUUAAUUAAUUUUGCUGCCAUAAAUUGCUUAUUUUUUUGCUGCUUAUAUGCUUUUCUGAUUCCUUUUUUGAGCUCUGAUUAUGAACAUACUUUGUGUUUCGUUUGACUCUUUUUGUAGUUUAUAAGUGGAGUCAUCUAAUCUACUUUUGUUUGUGCUUGAGUCCGAUGAUCAUCAAUGUCAUUUGGGGAAAGUUAUUUGCGUGCACAAAGGAUGUGUGACUUAAUUGUUGCUGAACUGUGAUGGAUCGUGCGCAGUUUGUUAUCAAAUUUAAUAAACAUACUGAUUUUUUUUUGUGUGUGCUUGUGGUUAAUUUACUAGGAAUUAACGAUAAACCAUUGAAACAGUGAAUAAAAUUAAAGUUGGCUUCAAUGUG